AUGAUUGUGCAAAGGACUCCGCCACCAUCUUCAACAAAACCAACACAAGCGCACAGACAAUUCCAGUGUGAUACCGACUUCGCGCCAACGGAGGCUCCUAUUUCCACCAUCGGCGAUACGAAUAUUUCUGUGCGCAGUAAGAGACAACGUGUUGACGACUCUCCACUCAAUGUGAGUUCAUACGUAUGUGCAGCGUGCACAGACCUCAAAAAAGAGCUCCUGGAUAUGCUCACAAAUUGGAAAUCCGAACAAGACGUGAGACUCACAUCGUAG